CGCAGGUGACGCAGGCGGGCGGGGUCACGUGUUGUUUUCGCCGUGUCGCUCUCUCUCCCUCCCCCGCCGGAGUCUGUCUGUGUGAGUGCGGCUAGUAGCAGGAGAACCCGGUGUGUGUCCCGGCCAGUGAGGAGACUCCGCUAUCCCUCACAGGGCGCCAUGUCCGCUCCAUAACUGCCGAGCUCGCCGUGUGUCGGCUGUUUAAUUCAUUCCUCCCUCAGCGAGCAGCCGGCGCUCUCCUCACACGCAGCCCCUCCAUGGCGGGUGUCCUGAGCACCGAGGAGGACCGCAGCAGCCGAGCCGCCAUGAGGGCGCUGCCCCCCAGCCCGGAGGAGGGCGCCUACCGGCGGGCGGGCGGCCCGGGGCUGUCCCAGGUGCAGGAGGAGUGUGUGAGCGAGGCUCCCGCCGCCGUGUCCGGGGAGGAGGAUGUGAGGAAGCGCGGCUACCUGAGGAAGCAGAAACACGGCCACAAGCGGUACUUCGUGCUGCGGAGCCAGAGCCACCUGGGGCCGGCCCGGCUCGAGUACUACGACAACGAGAAGAAGUACCGGAGCGGCCAGCGGGGCGGGGGGGCUGCCGGGGCCGCCUGCCAUCCCAAGCGGGUCAUCCCCCUCUACCUGUGCUUCACCGUGAGCCGCCGGGCCGACGCCAAGAACCGCUACCUGCUGGCCCUCUACACCAAGGACGAGCACUUCGCCAUGGUGGCCGACAGCGAGCAGGAGCAGGACUCCUGGUACCAGGCCCUCAGCGAGCUCAUCAACGAGAGCAAGAGGGCCUGUCUGGACAGCGAGGAGCUGGAGGAGAACUACGGGCCCCUGAGGGCCGGCACGGUGUUCAAGGAGGUCUGGCAGGUGACAGUGAAGCCCCGGGGUCUGGGCCAGACCCAGAACCUGACCGGGGUGUACCGGCUGUGCCUGUCUAGCAAGGCAGUGCACCUGGUCAAACCCAACUCGGACGUGACCUGCGUCCACUUGCUGCUCAUGAACAUCCGACGGUGCGGCCACACCGAGAACUUCUUCUUCAUAGAGGUGGGACGCUCGGCCUCCACCGGCUCAGGGGAGCUCUGGAUGCAGGUGGAUGACUGUGUAGUGGCCCAGAACAUGCACGAAAUCUUCCUGGAGACCAUGAAAGCCUUAAAAGCGUACUCGGAGUUCAGACCCAGGAGCAAGAGCCAGUCUUCGGGUACCAACCCCAUAUCUUUUAUCACUACCAGGAGGUAUUUGGGCAACCUGCCUCCUAGUCAGACAGGACUACAGAGAAGGUCCAGGACAGAAAGUUUGGCUGGUACUCCACCUACGUCCAAAAACAACUCCUCCUACCGCUUUAGGACCUCCAGUGAGGGUGAAGGUACAAUGACAAGGCCCUUCAGGUCAGUGACUGGUAGUUUGAUACACUUAAGUGCUGCCCGGAUAAAUCUAGGAAAGCAGGAAGGUACUGUCAGAUAUGUGAGAGCACCCUUUAAUUCUGGGUACCACACCAGGUCUGCCUCAUUGCCAGUCUCCCAAAAUCUAUCUGGUACAAGUCCUAUCAGUGUUAGUUCAAGUAGUGUGAAUGGAUCUGCACCUGAUACACUAAAUAAACCAUCAAGUUCUUCUACAUGUGGAUCUCCUAGUGAUGGGGGAUUUAUUUCCUCAGAUGAAUAUGGCUCAAGCCCUGGUGAUAUAAGGUACUUUCGUGUCAGGAGUAAUACUCCAGAUUCACUGGGAAACACCCCUCCAAUUCAAGAAGAAAAUACCUUAAGUGAGUACAUGUCAAUGAGCACCCAAAGCAAUCCUGAUGCUCCAGAUGAUUACAUGGAAGGUGACAAAGGUUUUAGGAAAAGAACAUACUCGUUAACAAAGCAAACCAAUCCACUACAGCAAAAAUCCCAGACAGCCAUUUCUUUAGAAGAAGACUCAGAAGAGAUUAACAAGCAGUUUGCCUACUCUGAAUCACCAAAGUUGAAAGACAGCAAUCACCCAGAGGAUUACAAUAAUGGUAUUAUUGAUUCCCUUUACAACCAAAGCAGGAGUAAAGCCAGGGAUGAUGGCUACAUGCCAAUGAUGCCUUCUCAUUCAUAUGACAGUGACUAUUUGCCAAUGGCUCCUAAAAGUGUUUCUGCACCAAAACAAAUAGCUAAUAGAUGUUCUCCUCAGGCAGAUUCAAAAGGGUAUAUGAUGAUGUUUCCUGUAGCUAAUUCACCUGUUAGAAAUUUGUAUACUGGAAGUAACACUAAAGAUAGCCAGGAUAAAGUUACUAAUGGAGGGUAUAUGGAUAUGUCCUAUGGAAAUUCUUCCACUGUGAAGCAGAAUGGUACUAACCUCACUGGUAGUUCUAAAGGGUUUACAUCUUAUUUUUCACUACCUAGGGGCUUUAAGAGUAAAAAUAAUGAUAACAGCGAGUAUGUUCCAAUGUUUUCCCCUGGAAAGUUACUGAAUCAGGGGAUUGAAAAUAUUGCUGAUGUGUCUAGGGAAGGAACAUCUAAUGGGGUGGCAAAAGUUGAGUUAAAAUCUUCCAACAUUAUCCUGGAUCAACAAGACAGGGCUACAAGACCAACUAAACUUACCUUGGCUAUGAGAGGGAGCAAUACAAUACCAAGAAUGUUUGACCACUCUUCAGUUGAACCUACAAGUCCAGGAGAAUACAUAAACAUUGACUUCAGUGAUAAAGCAAGUAGUACUCCAUAUUCACUCUCAGCAGAAGGGUCUCCAUCCUCUUUAGGAUCAAGCUGUGACCAUAGACACUCUCCUCUAUCUGAUUACAUGAGUGUGGAUAUUGAUGUGCAGUCUCCAAAAGCAGAACUAUCUAAUUCAUUAACAGACAUUUCAACUUAUGCACGGACCAGCAUUUCUCAAAAUCAGCCUGGUACAGAAUAUGCUAAACUCCCAAGUGGUACAGCGUGUGUUAGCCCAACAAACCGAAAUGAUGACUACACUACCAUGACUUUCAAUUUGGCAAUGACUCCUCCACAACCCCUUUCCAGUGAAAAUGGAGCAAAAAUUGAUAGUCCUUCAUCUAUUGUGAAUCGCCUGUGUAUUGGUGAAGUGUCCUCUUUUAAUGGUGGUUUCCCUCCAGUUCCCAUCCCUACAUCAGAAUCUAUAGCUGGUCCUAAAGUUAUCCGUGCUGACUCGCAUGGCCGGAGGCGGCACAGUUCUGAGACCUUUUCCUCUUCCAACACAGUGACUACUUCCUCAUCUUGCUUUACUGAAAGUGGGAAAAGGCACAGUUCUGCCUCUUUUGACAAUGUUUGGCUGAGACCUGAUGAGAGUUGUGGUGAACAAGAGUGUAAAAUGUCAAGAAAUUGCUCCACAGGGUUUCAGAAUGGCUUGAACUACAUUGCGUUGAGCAUGCAUGAUGGUGUCCAUGAACCUGCACCAGCAUUGUGCCAUCAGCAGCAAAAUGGGAGCAGAAAUUUGGAGAGUGGUGCAUAUGUCAGCAUUGACUUUUCAAGAUCAGACUGUUUGAAGUGCCCUGCAUUGAGAAAAGGUUGGUAGUAUUAAAGGACCACUAUUAAAAUAAAAGUGCUUUUUUAAUAUUAAAAGGACCACUAUAGGCACCCAGACCACUUCAGCUCAACGAAAUGGUCUAGGUGCCAGGGUCCUCUAGUUUUAACCCUGCAACUGAAAACAUAGCAGUUUCAGAGAAACUGCUAUGGUUACACUGAGGGUUAAUCCAGCCUCUAGUGGCUCUCACUGACAGCCACUAGAGGCCGCUUCCGCAAUUCUCACUCUGAAAAUCAGUGAGAAGACGCUGACGUCCAUAGGAAAGCAUUGAGUAAUGCUUAUGGGCUGUUUGAAUGUGUGUGUGGCUCUUGCCGCACAUGCGCAUUCUGAGCUGACGUCGGCAGGAGGAGAGUUCCCUAGCGCUUAGGGUGCCCGGCACUGGAGAAAGGUAGCCCAGCGGGAGGGGGCCCAUGAGGGUGGGUGGGACCUAAGGACUACAUAGUACCAGGAAACAAGUUUGUUUUCAUGGCACUAUAGUGGUCCUUUAAGUCCACUAUGAGUUGAGGCGCUUUUUAUUUAUGACCCUCACCAUAAACACUUGUUUCAAUGGGGAAUAAAAUAUAUAUAUCCCUCUCUCCCCCUCUCUCCCUCUCCAACAUAUUUCCCAGCUUUUUACAAAUCUAGAAAUGGGUUAUUUGAAGGCUUUCCUCAAGAGUGCGUGGUACAUAUUGCCACUGGCUCUCCUCUUUCGCUGUAUGCGCUUGAGGCUUAAAAUCAGGCCAGUUCCCUGGCUAUGCUUGGAAAAAGGGAGGACUUGCAAAGGCUGCAGGUGUAAGAACUGCAGUUGUUGCAUUCUUUUUAGAUUGCCCCAAUGACAACAUGCAUGGUUUUCAUUAGGAAUAUAUCUACUAAAUAUUGAUUUUUGUGUUCCUUAAUGUAAACUGUAUUUUAAAACUUUAAUUUUCCUCUUUGUGGGUUUUCCUUCUCCAACAAUUUAUAUAGCGUACUACCCAUAAAUAAUUUACAUAUUAAAUUCUACUUUUCAACUGGGGCACUUGUCUUGCUAUAAAUUACGAAAUAACCAUUUUCCCUACACUACCUCCUUAAAAUCCUGCAUGACAUCUGUUUCAGCCAUUUGUGCUGGUGCUUUGGCUGACUUGUUUGCCUUACAGACUGAGUUUAAGAUAUUAACUAUCCAUGUUCUACAGCUUGUGCGUGGGUAUCUUGUUUACAUGGAAUUUAGAUCUAUAGCCUUAUUUAACCGCUUGCUAAACUAACACUUGAUUUACAUACUAUAUGUCCAUGUAGUUAACCUGUGUAGUAGUAUUAUUAUUAUUAUUAUUAUUAUUAUUUAUUUUUUAUUUUAUAAAUUCUUUAUUUUUGGGUUUUCAAAGGUCAACAUAGUGGCUGGUUGGGGUACAGAAAGAAGAGUUUGGAAAAGUUUGAUUUUCGUUUAUGCAACAUCAUGUAAUAUUGGUAAUCAGGUUAACAGUAUUAGCAGUUGUAACAUUCAAAGUUUGGUUGUACAUAUUGAGAGGCUAUGCCGGGUUUACAUUUUUCAGUUCAGUAGUUCUUUUGACAUUUCUGUUAUUUCAUUGGGUAAAGGGGUGGAUGCCUUAACAUUGCUUUUAACCCUUUUAGUUGUGCUAUGUGUUGACGAGGCUGGUGGUCCCCCUUAAUUUCCCCUGCUUAUGGUAGGGUUUUGUAUCCCUAGGAUACGUGGUCUCGUGUGGGGUGGUGUUUGCCGUGUACGGCCCUUUGUCUUGGUAGUUGGUCAGGUUCAGUGUGAAGUGUCCCUGAAUCCACGUGUGGUGAAGUGGGCAUAGCGGUUCCGCUAAGUGUUGGGAGUAGCGGUCUUGUUGGGGUACCAGUCUGGGGUGUGUGUGUGUCAACUGGUCGUAGCCUUCUUGCUGUGUGCCCAUCGGUUCGGGAUGGGUUGGUUGGGUGUGUGCUAUAGUUUGGUUUGUAAAUCUUGUUGAUGGUAUGUAUUUUUUUUUUUUUUGUGGGAGUGUGUCGGUGGGUAGUGUGGAAGUUACCGUGUCCAGCACGAUGUGUGGUAAGUUGUGUGUGUGCCAUGUAGUGUAACCUGUGUAUUUUUUUUUUUUAACUUUGCUCUAACCCCAUUUGGACUGAAGUUUAAAGGACCACUAUAGUGCCAGGAAAACAUAAUCAUUUUCCUGGCACUAUAGUGCCCUGAGGGUGCUUCCACCCUCAGGGUCCAACCCCCGCAGGGCUCUGGGGAGAGGAAGGGGUUAAACACUUACCUUCUCCAGCGCCGGGCGGGGACCCUUCUUCCUAGCGACGUCAUCGGCUGAAUGCGCAUGCGCUGCGCGCAUCCAGCCAGUCUCAUAGGAAAGCAUUCAUAAUGCUUUCCUAUGGACGCUGGCGUCUUCUCACUGUGAUUUUCACAGUGGGAAGCACGCAAGCGCCUCUAGCGGCUGUCAAUGAGACAGCCACUAGAGGCUGGAUUAACACUCGGUGUAAACAUAGCAGUUUCUCUGAAACUGAUAUAUAUAUAUAUAUAUUAUAUUUAAAAAAAAGGGGGUUAAUCCUAUCUGGACCUGGCACCCAGACCACUCCAUUAAGCUUCAUUCACUUGUUCUGCAAGGGUUAAUUGACUAUAUACAAUUGAACUAAUAACUUGUACAGCACACCCAAACUUUCAAGUUCAGGACUCAAAACCCUUUAGAAUAAUGUUGUGUUCCUGUAAAUGUAACUUUCAAAUGUGCUGUACAGAGCAUCUAUGCUGUAAAGUAAGAAUUGCACGUCUUUGCAGCAAAAUGUGUGGUAUUCAUUGUAGUUUUUCCUUGGCAAUAUUUCUGGGAAGGAGUACGCAUGUGCAUUGUGCAGUGUUGUCUGGGAUGCAAAAUUCUGCAAUUUCCUUUAUGCUGAGAAAUGCUAGUCCAACCACUAUGGAAACAGUGUUUAUUAUUUUAUAAAUUGACUACAUGUAAAUUUAAAUCCAUAAAAUCCCUCGUAGCUGCUAGCAUAUUUAAUAUUUAAAUGUGCCUUUUAUUUUGCAUGUCUCUUGCACCUGUAACCAGUAAAACAUAUCCAAAUACUGUGUGGGAGGGGGACAAAAAGUCUCUUCUCUUUUGUAAAUUGACUCCCACGGUGUUCACAUUUAAUUUCUUUCAAAAUUAAAGGGACAUUGUAGGCACACAGACCACUUUAUCUCAGUUAAGUGUUCUGUGUGCCUUGUCCCCUGUUUUAACCCUGCAAGUGUAAACAUUACUGUUCUGCAUUAACAGCAAAAUUCUCAGUGCAGGGUUCAAAAUGCCCAUAGUGCCUGUCACUCUACCACUAGAGCUAGGAAUAGAGUGAAACUAUUUGUAACAGAUGGUCUCAUAGAAACAAACUGGCGCAGCACAUCAUUUUGCCGCCGAUGUACCCUAGUCUCAAUGUUUUCCUAUGGAAAACACUGGAUUGGCUGAGAUAAUCGAUCACAGCCGAGGAGGCGGGGCAGUAUUGCGGAGACCUAACCUUGUGGUAAUGGAUAUCUAAACUGCUGCCAGGACAGUAAAGCAUUAGGAAUACACCUAUUUUUUAUUUUAACUUUUUGUUGCUUCAGCUUCCCAAAUAGCAAAACACAAGGUCUAAACCUGUGUGUGUAUGUGUGUAUGUAUAUUCUUUAAAAUCUGAAUCUUUUAGUUUCUUUAUGUUGUAUGUAUUGAUGCAGAUAAAGUGUAUGGGAAUCAUGCAUCUAGCAAAAUAUAUUUUGAAAUAAACCAUUCUCAUUUCAGUUGGUGGGCCCCCACUCCCCUUAGUAGUUCCAUAAUGUUGGUGUGUCUGAGGGUAUAACAGAACUCCACAGCAAUAAUGCUUAGUCAUGUAAGGAAUGAGACAAUUGAACAGGUUAAAACACAACCUAAAAUUUGAGCUAUGUUUAACCAUCAUUAGGUGCACGCCACUUUUAUGUUCAGAGAAAUAGGGCUUUCGUUUCAUAUGUAAUGUUUAUAUUGGAUGGAAGAGAUGCCGUUUGGUGUUUGGCCCCACCUGCUUGACUACAUUCUAUGGGAAAGCAUUGAACUGGCUAUAAUCCAUUCUGAUGUUGGCCAAGUAGGCAGUUUGGGACCAGCGCUGAAAAUAAAAGUGAGUUUUACUAUGAUUUAAGGGAGCGUCAAGCCACCUAAAUAGGUUCUGUCUGACAAUCCAUGCAAGUCCCCCUGCAGUCAAUUUGUCAAACUUUGCGGUGCAAUUACACAACACGGAUUGGCUUCAGGGGUACAGCUUCGGUUGUGAGGCAGCCCUCACUGAUCGGAUCUAGUGCGGAGGGUAAGUGUCUGGAGUGCCCUAGAGUUGGCAUGUUCAAUACUGCCAUAUUGGCAUUAGAGCCAUUUUGUAGGACUAAAUAGCACACUCUUUUUUUCAGAAAGGUGUUAAACUACAUAAACAAAAUCUUUUUUUCUAAAACUGUGCAAAUACUUUUCAGUUUUGUUGAAUUUUUAGCUGCAUAAAUUAGUAUGCCACUUAAAAUGUCCCACUACGGCUCUGCCCCGCCCAACACCACUUACACACCGAAAAUUAAAAUGUCCAUCUUUGUCUGUUUCAAAUUGUGGAAGAUAUGUGACUGGUGGGGAAAUGGGCAAGCUUGCAUGCGCUUAUGACAUUUCUCUACAGAUUCCCAAGUGUGCAAAGUGUCCUGAUGACAUGGCAAGUUUUUUAGUUCUGGUAAGCACUUUUUAAUUUGUGUUUAUGUGAGGGUGAUAGUUCUACCCUGCAGCAGUAGUGGAAUGCCAGAAGGUGGAGCUAGGGCCAAUUAAUAGCCAACUGGUAAUUUCAGGCUGACCAUACAUGUAUAAAAAAUACUUUUUAACAAUUUAAAACCUAACUGCUGCUUCUUUGGAAACUACACCACCUUUUAAUAAACACUGAAAAUCACCUCCCUCCACAGGGUUUUUUUUUUUUUUUUUUUUAAUGUACAAUGUGGCCCAAAAUUAAGGUAUGUUUUAAUCCAUGAAAUUCACCACAACAGAUUAUAUGGGUACACAUACACCCUGACACAAUACAAAUUGGCUGUUGCAUUUCAAUGUCAGUGUGGCAGUUUGAAAGAGUAGUGAAAUGUUGCAACAUUAAUAGACAUAUGCAAAUAAACUAUACUGUAUACCUACUUUAUGUCCACCCUGUAUAUUAGGGUUAUGACAUGACUUAAAGGACCACUAUAGUGCCAGGAAAACAUAAUCAUUUUCCUGGCACUAUAGGGCCCUGAGGGUGCUCCCACCCUCAGGGUCCCCCUCCCGCUGGGCUCUGGGAGAGGAAGGGGUUAAAAUCUUACCUUUCUCCUGCACCGGUGCGGGGAGCUUUCCUCCUCCUCUCCUUCCUAGCGACGUCAUCGGCUGAAUGCGCAUGUGCGGCAGGAGCCGUGCACGCAUUCAGCCAGUCUCCUAGGAAAGCAUUUAUGAUUUUCACAGUGAGAAGCACGCAAGCGCCUCUAGCGGCUGUCAAUGAGACAGCCACUAGAGGCUAACCCUCAGUGUAAACAUAGCAGUUUCUCUGAAACUGGUGUGUGUGUGUAUAUAUGUGUGUGUGUGUGUGUGUGUGUGUGUGUGUGUAUGUAUGUAUGUAUGUUAAUCCUAUCUGGACUGUCACCCAGACCACGUCAUUAAGCUGAAGUGGUCUGGGUGCCUAUAGUGGUCCUUUAACAAUCCAGUUCAGUGCAGGUAUAAAUAGCCUGAGUACACAAUGUGAAUCAGGAAGAAAACAUAGGGAGCCUAGAUGGAGGCAUCUAGUUCCAGGAUAGGUGUUUGGAUUUCUUUAUUUAAUGUUAUUUUUCAGACUUCACACAAUAUUUGCUAAACUGGGACGGUUUUCAUUUUUAAAGGAGCUUCAACAAUUUAUAGAUACACCAUAAAGAAAUGUAUUACAAAAGAUGCCCAAGAAUUAUGAUAUCUUGCUAUUCAGGAUGUUUUUAGUCAUGUAACUUAUGACUCCGGAACUUCUUAAAAGCAUUAUUUUCACAUACAAGUUUGCUGUUUGUAUGUUGUGUAAAUCUUCCUGCAUUUAUCGCCUUUCUCUUAAUGUAGGACUUCCUGUUGCAUAACUCUUUUACUCGUGUACAUGCCAUGUCAUAAUUUCAGUCUUCAUUUAGAAGAACCUGUUGGACACUUACCUGACCUUUUGCUCCCCACCACCGUGAUCUCCUUACAGUUCUGUAACACCUGCCUGUGUUAAUCAGAUUUGCCAUGCUUUGGGUAGCUUCCCCACUGUAUAGCCUUUACGGACACUCCCCAUGGUUUACGACCGGUAUUGACAAAUUUGUUUGGAAUCUAGGAGCCAGUCCUUUUCAAUGAGAAAUAUGCAAUUCUUAAAGGGACACUAGUCACCAGAACCAGCAGAGCUUCAUGUAGUUGUUAUGGUGACUAUAUACAAUGCAGGCGUUUCAGUGUAAACACUGCCUUUUCAGCAAAAAGUCAGUGUUUACAUUGCUGCUUAGUAACACCUCUAGUGAGUCACUCAGAAUGCCACUAGGGUGUCCUGGGUCACUGCUGCCCCACAUGCAGUACUGACGUUCAGGGUCUCCCAGCUCUGCAUACAGGCACUGAAUGUUCCUCAUAGAUUCAUUAAUUCAAUGCAUCCCUAUGAGUUGUGGAUUGGCACAUUUGCUGCGCAUGCACAAAAUCCUCCCAAUCAUUUCCUAAGGGAAAGCAUUGACUUAGCUGAGAUCAUAACGAUUGAUAAUCUUAGCCAUUGAGGUGGUACCAGUCACAGUGAAAGUGGCACGGCGUGGGGGGGAAGGGGAGGAGGAGAAAGGUGAGUAAAAUCAGAGGUGAUCUCACCUCUGAACACAGUCCAUCUAAACAAUAGCACACUUACUCAGACACCUACUGACACACAUCACCAUGUUCAGUCAUAGAUCACUCACUAGCAAACAGACACACACACACACUCUCACACUCUCUCUCAAUAGCAGACACACACACAGCCAUGGCUGAAGCUUACCUGGCACUGGCAGGUGAAGUUGCCAUUUUGUGGCCCUUCUUUGCAGUGAUGUCAGCCACGUGUGUAGGGGCGGAGCUUCCAUUAAGGGGCGUGGUUUGCAUGCGGCCGAAAUUAAGGUAAGUUGUGCAGGAAGCCUAAUAGGUCUCCCUCCAGCCGCGGGCAGACCAAUUGCGGCCGCACCAGACCCCAGCUACUCCCUCAUUACUCCCCUCGGACUGACACAGGCUGUCACAGUCCGAGGGGAAAAUACUUAAAAAAAAAAAACUUAACCUAAUGGUUAGUUUAGAUUACUGCGGCCAACCGGGAAAUAUCCCGGUGGGCCAGUCCGGCCCUGCUAGAGUGGUAGGGAAAUGUUGAGUCAUAUUUUUGCACUCUCUCCAAAUCAGGUGAACAUGAAGAUCCUCUAACACAGGUCCGCAUGGCUUUGCUACAAUGGUAAACCGCCAGAUGUGCUGAUUGACCUCUACCACCAUUGCUGGUCACCUAUUUAUUUUUCUCCUCCCACUAUUGUCCUAAUUAAUCAAAUGUUCAUGGAUGACUCGAGUGUAGCAAAUCGAUAAAUGUCAAAAUUCCAUUUGUACAUUUUUCAUGAGUGAAACUGAACAUGGCUGCUUUUCAGGCUCUGUUGUAGUUAUGAAACCUCCAUAAGUGUGCAAGUUUCAAGGGUUUGGUGGCAGCCCAGUAUGCCAUUUGAACCUAAUAUUGUAACUAUACCCAAUUCUUCAGAUUACUGCAAUUGGGUAGAAGCUUCUUGUAUCAUGUCCCAUUUAAACAUUGCAAGCUGAAUAAUUCUAAUGUUGUGUAGGGGAAAGGAUGUACUGUACUAACACUUUUUUUUUGUUUUUUUUUUUUAUAUAAAUGCCAUCCUCGAUUGUCUGUAGUACUUUGUCAUAUUAAAGCCAGAAUAUUGGGCUUUUCAUUUUUUUUAAUAUAUUCUGGAAUAAACCAUUAUAGAAGCCAUGUUUUAACUGGAAACUUUGGCAUUCAAUAGGUUAACUCCUAAUACUAUUCAUGACAAAACAUUUCCUCAUUAGUAAUUUAUCACUGCUGAUUUUGUACUUGAAUGGUUUCUGGCAGAACCUUGUUUAACAGGCUGCUGAUCACAUGAUCUGUUAGCUACAUCUAGUAAACAAGUUUCCUUGGAACAGAUCUGCUUUUCUGAGAAUGUCAUUCUGAAUUCCAUGUAUUGACGUUUUCCUCUAGUUCCGUAAUCCGUUAAUUAAAAGUGGUAAAGGCAAAGUAUCUACACACCUAAAGGAAACUACUUGUCUCAUUGGCUUUUGUUGUACUAACAAUGAAUUUGUAUUAAAUGGUUUUUUUUUUUUUUUUUUUUUUUUUUUUUUUGUUUUUUUUUUUUUUACCGAACAUUUAAUACAUUUUUACAUAUGGUAUUUGUGGAUGGAUUCAUUGCUAUUUAUUAAUGUACAAUGAUCUAAACCAGUGGUUCCCAAUUAACUUUUCCCGUGGAACCCUUUCACAUGCGCUAACAACGUGAGACCCCCCCAAAAAUGUUGCCGUCGUAGCGCAGAUAGUAAACAGUAGUACUUGGGAGCGGGUGUGCUUUUGUGUGUACAGUUGGUGUUUGUAUAUAAUAGCGUUUUGAUACAAGGGUGUGUUUGCAUUUUCGUGUAGGGGUGUGCUUGGAUGUAGUGUGAGCUUUUAAAUGCGGAUGCACAUUUGUGUGUAGUAUUAGUGUUUUGAGUGAGGGGUGUGUUUGUAUAUACAUUUGAAUUCAGGGGUUAUUGUAUGUAAUGUUUGUAGGGAUGUAUGCACAUGUACGUGUUUGCUGGGAUGGUGUAUGAUUGAUUGGGAUUUAUGCACAUGAUUGCUGUAUGUAUGCCACAUACAUAUGCACAGACCUUGACACACAGAUGCACACUGGCACAUAUACACACAGUGACAUACACUCAGACACAAUUACUCUGACACACAUGCGCAUAUACACACAUACACUCCUUAACAGACACACAAAAUGUAUGUGGGUUUUUUUUUAUUUUUUUAUUUCACUUCACCCAACCUUUGGGAGUGCUGGCAUGGAUUCUCUAUUUCCCUGGAGUCCAGUGGGGCUGCUGAGCGGCUGGCGUGUGGAGCAAGGGAGCAGUGAUCUUAUUGCUCAGCUCCCUUGCCGCCUGUCUCAAUUAGCGGCGGCCACUUUGUUUCCCGCAAUUGUGGCGGAACCCCAUUUAGGUUCUCGCAGAACACCAAUUGGGAAAUGCUGAUCUGAACAUUUGUCUGUAAGUUGUAUUUUUAACAAUCCCAGUCUUUAUAAAAAAUUAAAUAAAAAAAAAAUUGGCCUAUACGUUUGGAUAGGCAAAAGGAUUGUAUAGGUUUUAUUUAUACAUAACUGUAGGUGGAUAUACCAUACCACAGACUACUAGACCUAGGCUUCACUUGUUUCAGACUUUAAAUUGCAGUAUAAUAAAUGAACACCCUGGGCACCAGAGCACAUUUUACUCUAUGGAGCUGGUAUGGUGCCUGUAGGUAUUGGGCACAUCAUUCACUUUGGGGGUUAAACCAGCUUGCAAAUGGCUUAAAUAGAAAGUGGGCUAGACAGCGGCUGUCCUCCAGAUCCUUGAGUCUCCUCCAUCCUUAGCAGCAAUGUGGAGUCUGACUGGAUGCCAGUGGGUAUCUGUUGACUCUCUUAGCCUAUUGUCUGUUUAACAUUUGAGAAAAAUGCUUUAGAAAUGUUUGUACAUCUGGGGUUUUUUUUUUUUUUUUUUUUUCCCUAAUGUAAAGCUAGUGAUAGGCUGAGAGUCAGCUGAGCCUAUCACCAGAACUCAGACUGAUUCUUUAUUGAAUGCAGGGAUGAACGGAGUGACACAGGGCCUGGAGGACUGGCACAAGAUGGAAGUUAUGCAUGCUCAAUGUUCUUUUAUAUAAAAAGUGCACAUCUAUAUAUGUCUGCUUUUCAGUUAGUGCUUCAUGCAAUGCAUGUGCGUCUUUGUGUAUAUAGAUCUCACUACGUAUUUGAUAUAUUUCUCCAUUUUUACAAUGAUCUGUUCAGAGUUACUGAUUUUUAUUUGUAUUUUCCACAGACUGAGUGAAUUACCAUGGAAACCAAUGGAGAAUGUCACCCCAGCCCUUUCUGGUUGAAAACCAGGAUAAGGUGACUUAGAAAGACAAAAUGCGUGAAGUUGUGUUGAAUUUCAAAUGGAUUUAUACCGUUCUCAAACAGAUUAAUGUACAGCCAUUUGAAGCUUAUAUUAUGGUAUUGACAAAAGGAAGCCGCUUUUUAUUUUUAUUUGUCAACACUUAUUUUUAUGAGAUCUCAUAAGGAGUCUCACUAUUUGCAUAUGAAAUAUUGCUAUGUAUUUAACAAGCAGGUCAGACUUGUGAAAUUGAGCAGAGACUGCUUCCACACUGCUGUUUUGGGGGACUUUUACAGUAUAGAUCUGCUCUUCGAGCCUUUAAAAUAGGUGCCAUAGUGGUACCCAACAGAGUAAACUUUAUGACUCUCUAAGGAGGUUCCUUAGGGAUAGUGACUGUCUGCUUCCUCAUUGCUCUAUAUAUUUUUUUUUUAUUUUUUUUCUGGUACAAAAACUAUUAAAUAUGUAAAGUUGAAAAAUAUUUUGAAAGUAUCAUUUUUUUUUUUUAUGUCAAAGUCUACGUAUUUUACUUGAUCUAUAUAACAGAAAGAUGCCUCCUAUGAUGAACAAAGAUGCAUUUCUAUGGUACAUAACUUUAAUUUUAAUAUUGCAGCUCAUGUGAUCCCCAUUUUAUUUAUUUUUUGCACCCUACUCAUUUUAGAGUAUUGCACCUUUGUCUCCUAGGAGUAAAUGCGACUUGCUUAUCAUAAAGGUACAUUCAUUUUAAAUCGGCUAUGUAUGGUGGAAAUAAACAUAGGGUACACUUUUUAAAAAAAAUAUAUAUAAAAGUACAUGUUAUUGUGCCCGAGCCUGAAUUGAGAAGAGGUAGCAUUUCCUAAAAGAUGUAAAGAUUUGUUUGCCCGUUGAUUACAUGGGUUUUUUGUUUUUUUUUUCAAUCAAAGUUUUCCUAGUAGUACAUCUCAAAUAAAUGAAUGGGAGGGCGGGGGGCAACCUUACACCAUUAAAUAGAUGCUCAUUGACAAUGUGCUACCAAUGCUUUGAGGGGAAAAAGGGUUACGCACCUAGAAGAAUUAGAAUGUUUCUGCAUGAUGUUGGUGACUAGUAAACUGUUUAAAUAGUAAUGGGUUUUCAUUUUCCUUAGUGUAUCUUGCUGCAUUUAGUUAGUAUUGUGCUCCCAUGUAAAAGCUUGGUGUUGUCACUGUGAACCCAGUAUGCUGGAGCACAGGCUAGAACUGAUUAUCUAUGUAUAACAUUUGUUGGCCAUCAUAGAAUAGUUGCAAUUUACAUCUCUACCACUAAAUUAAUGAAGCCCUCUUUAUCUCAUCAGUGAAAUGCUUUCAUAAGAUUGAGAGCUUACCAAAUCUAGCCUCAUUUCUUGGGGACCAUCUAGUAAGGAAUGGAUAUCAUGUGUUUUAGUUGCAAGUUGGCGAGUACUAUUGUGAAUUUACUUAUGGUUCUAAGUUUGAUUUGCCAAUAUUGGUGAGGACAAUUGUCACUAACAUUUUGAUAUAUAUAUUUUUAUUACAUAAAAGCAUUAAAGAUGUUCUUGCUGUGACCAUUGCAGAACGAAUUGAUGCAUGUUUACUUCACAUGGUUGUAAGGUUUGAGAAAUCCAAAACCCUGUAUGUACCAAUCUUUCAUAAUGAUCCAUUCUACACUUUUUCAAAUGUACAUUUAAAUGCCAUAUUUUUUUUUUAUUUUCUUUUAUUUAUUUUUUAACACCGGCUUUUUAUAUGGACUUUUUUUUUGUAGAUCCACUUUUUUUUUUUUCCUUUCUUUUUUUACCUUGCAGCUGCCAGUUCUAAACUUUAUAUGGAUAACCUCAACCUUAGUUAUAUGUGAGUUUAAAAAACAAAACAAAAAAAACAGGUACAGCAUAAAAUAUGCAAUCUUAGUUUACAAACAAAACUAAUUUAUUCAGUAUUGUGCUGGAACAUAACUUGGGAGUAUGUAAAGCAUCACUAGAUAUUAUCUUCCAGCUGCCAGUUUAUGCUGCUGUAUAGUUUAAAAUUACCAAUGCUGAAAGCAGAAUUGUUUGUCAUGUAAAUUUAAUUUCAUAUUGGAAAGUUAUUUUGUCUGUACAAAUUAAUAAAAGAUAUGGUUGGUACUGUUUGUUGUGUUCUGCCACUGCUUCUUCUACCACCUGUCCAAAGUGGG